AUGUUACACCUUAAACCAUACAACCUAUUGGUCCAAAAGACAUUAACAGAAGCUUUGGAAGCUUACAACAAUGGGUCUCCUUUAACUUUGGACAGAAUCAUCUCCGACUUUGAUUAUACAACGUUACACAUCACCAACGAUGGCACUGAUAAGUCGAACCUAUUAGUUUCCAUCAGAACCAAGGCUACGCAAUCUUGUAAUGAGAGUGGGAACGAUUUACAAGGGUUCUUGCAGGCAAAAUUCGAUGAAGUACCAGGUUUGGCUCUAUCAUCUGCUAAAAAGGAGGCCGGUUACGAUUUUACCAUUACUGUUGAUCUAUCUCAAAUCACUGCGCAAUCUAUUGUGCAAGCAUCUUUGUUUAAGAUCCUUGUAAUGUCAUAUCCAUUCUAUUUAGCGUUUGGCCAGAGUAAUGCUCUUUCUCAAUUGAAUGAAAUAGACCAAGUGGAAAAAUCAAAGGAGGCCAGGGCUAUGGUUAUCAAAUACAGAGAUGAUGAAAACAUAUACAUCAAGCCGUCCUUUGAUCGUAUCACUGUUAUAUUCGAAACUAUAUUCCAAGAUGAAACUGACAAAGUUUUCGGUAAAGUUUUCCUACAAGAAUUCGUAGACGCAAGAAAGAGAAAUAGAUCCAUCCAAUCUGCGCCUCAAGUGCUAUUCUCCCAUGAACCACCUUUGGAAAUUCAAGAAGUAGCCCAACAACACGCUCACGUUGCAGGUGCUAAGAAGUCUACCAGGAGAUUCAUCACAUUUGUAUUGUUCCCACGUCACUACUCCUCCGAUGAACUAAUGUUCACAUCUGUGUCACAGCUUGCCCUAUUCAGGAACUAUUUCCAUUACCAUAUCAAGUGUGCUAAGGCAUACAUGCAUUCAAGAAUGAGAUAUCGUGUUGAUACAUUCAUCAAGGUCUUGAAUAGAGCAAAGCUAGACGAAGAAACUGAAUCCGAUUCACGUAGAACAAUCACCGGUAGAAAAAUGGUCUACUAA